CCGUUUUUCUUUAAAAAUUAACAUUUUCUGUAAACGGGAUUUUACAAUGCAGGCACGAGCUCUGGUUUAUACAGCAUCCUUCCGGAUUAAAGAAAGAAGACAACAAACGUUUAAAAUAACGCUGUGUCACUUUUUUAUCAGUUUUCUGUAUCUCUCAUGGGUCUUACAAGUCGAGGGUUUUGGCUGUCCUCUCAAGCUUAACCCAUCGAGUGUUGUUGUGGAGUACGGCAGCUCUGUUUCAGUGGAAUGUAGCACUAAUGAAACACAUGAUGGGAUGGGCUGGGAAGCCACUGUAGGACCAGUACCCAUGACCACCACAGACAAACUGAUCACCUGGAGAGUGUCUAACCUGAGACGAUGGGAAAUAAAGCCACAGUGCUACAUAAACUACAAAAGGAAUCUAUGUUCAACUUUACUCCUACUCACAAUUUAUAAGACUCCAGAUAGUGUUUCCAUCAGCACAGUGGAUCACACAGGACCAAUGACUAACGGCACACAGUAUGAGCUCCAGUGUGAUAUUGUGAAUGUGGCUCCUCUUAAGAGUCUCAUUGUGAAAUGGUUUAAACGAGAGACAGAGGUGAAAACUGAGACCUUCACUGACACCAUCAAGACUCCAGUGAAUGUAAAAUCUACACUUCAGAUCACUCCAAACAGAGAUGAUGUAAGAGCUCAGUACAGAUGUGAAGCAGAGCUGAAUCUGGGAGCAAAAGGACCUCAACCUCCUCCUAGAAUGACAUCAGAACCUCUCAACAUAGGUGGCCUCACUACAUUCUGGGCUAUUCUUAUACUUGUCCUGAUGAUACUUGUUAUAUGGUUUACAUCUUGUGCAGUAUACAGGAUGUGUAACUUAACCCAGAAUUCUGUUUACUUGGUGACUUGAAACUGGGAUCUUCUGAUCAGGGAGUACACAUCAACACUAAAUUUGGUUGUGUUUUAAAGAAUUUCUUUAGACUUGAAAACACUGUAUGACAUUUGAUACUCAGUGUUACAUUCCUGUACAUCCAAAGGAUGUUUCUAGUCUGCAGUGUUUAUUUGACUACCUGAAAGAUGUUAAACGUUAGAUGUCAACCAGCUUCCUUCAGUUAAAUGAAACAAAAACUAAAGUUUAAAUGUUUGGCCCCGGUGCUUCCACAGAGGUUGUUGCCAAUAAUCUUGGACCUCUAUCUGGUACUUUACACACCUGUAUAUGUUAAACUUGAGUGUUACUUUUGAUUCUGCUUUGACUUUUGAUAAACAGAUUAAUUCUGUGGUCAAGUCUGGUUUUAGUAGUUAAAGAAUAUAACUAAAAUAAAGUAUUUUUUUAUCAUUUAAAGAUAUGGAGUCUGUAAUUCAUGCUUUUAUUUCAUCCAGAUUAAACUAUUGUAUUGUUUUGUACUUGUUUUAUAUUAUUUUGUGUACACCAGGGUUCUUCAACCCACCUGCUUGUUAUUUUUAACAACUUGAUGAGCUUGUAUAGCUGUGUUUUAUUGAAGCUGGUGCUUGUAGCUCUCCAGGAGCAGGGUUGGAGACCUCUGAUCUGAUCUACGCUGACUGUUUGUGUUUAUUUACUGACUCUGAUUGUGUUCAUAAAUGUUGCAAUGCAUACAAAAAAAACCCUAAAAUAAACAUUAAUUAAACAUUUA